AGCGACACCUUCAACAACAUCCGGGUCACGCCCCGUUGGCCCAGUUUGGAUUCGCGACUCUGACGUCAGCAGUCGGUGUCUAACCGCCGGUUCGCGUCGCUGGUGCCGCCGCCGCCGGGGAGUCGUCCUGUUGCCUGUGGCUCUGCGCUGUUCUGACACAUAAAGGAGCCUGGAAACCGAAGGGAGCAGAGCCGCGUCUCCGUUAGCUCGCUGGCUAGCUGCUGCCCGCCGUGAUAGCGCCCCGCGGUGGCGGCCAUGAGUAACAGCCACCCCCUGCGACCCCACGGCUCCGUGUCGGAGAUCGACCACGUGCACCUGCUGUCGGAGCAGCUGGGGGCCCUGGUGCCGGGUGAGGACUACAGCGAUGUUACCUUCAUCGUGGAGGAGAAGCGCUUUCCUGCGCACCGGGUGAUUCUGGCCGCACGCUGUCACUUUUUCAGAGCUCUGCUUUAUGGAGGCAUGAAGGAGUCUCAGCCCCAGGCUGAGGUCCCACUGGGGGACACGCGGGCAGAGGCCUUUUCCAUGCUGCUGCAGUACCUGUACACGGGCCGGGCCAGCCUGAGCUCGGCCCGCGAGGAGACGCUGCUGGACUUUCUGGGCCUGGCGCAUCGCUACGGCUUGCAGCCACUGGAAGACUCUGUGUCGGAGUUCCUGCGCACCGUGCUGCACACCCACAACGUGUGCCUGGUGUUCGACGUGGCCAGCCUGUACUGCCUGGACACGCUCAGCGCCGCCUGCUGCGCGUACAUGGACCGGCACGCCCCUGAGGUGCUGGUGUCCGACGGCUUCCUCGCCCUGUCCAAGACGGCGCUUUUGACGGUGGUCCGCAGAGACUCCUUUGCCGCCACUGAGAAGGACAUCUUCCUGGCGCUGAGCCGCUGGUGCCGGCACAACGGCGAGUCCACGGCACAGGAAGUGAUGUCGGCGGUGCGGCUGCCUCUCAUGAGCCUGACGGAGAUGCUGAAUGUGGUGCGGCCGUCUGGCCUCGUCACCCCCGACGACCUGCUGGACGCUAUUAAGAUGCGCUCCGAGAGCCGCGAUAUGGACCUCAACUACCGCGGCAUGCUGAUCCCCGAGGAGAACAUCGCCACCAUGAAGCACGGUGCCCAGGUGGUGAAGGGCGAGCUGAAGUCGGCGCUCCUGGACGGCGACACGCAGAACUACGACCUGGACCAUGGCUUCUCCCGGCACCCCAUUGAGGACGAGGGCCGUGCCGGCAUCCAGGUCAAGCUGGGCCAGGCUUCCAUCAUCAACCACAUCCGCAUCCUGUUGUGGGACCGGGACAGCCGGUCGUACUCGUACUACAUCGAGGUGUCCAUGGACGAGCUGGACUGGGUGCGUGUGGUGGACCACUCCAAGUUUCUGUGCCGCUCCUGGCAGAACCUCUACUUCCCGGCGCGUGUCUGCAGGUACGUGCGCAUCGUGGGGACCCACAACACUGUCAACAAGGUCUUCCAUCUGGUGGCCUUCGAAUGCAUGUUCACCCAUCGGCCCUUCACGCUGGAGAAAGGGCUUCUGGUGGCCUCGGAGAACGUGGCCACCGUCACGGCCUGCGCCAGCGUCAUUGAGGGCGUCAGCCGCAGCCGUAACGCGCUGCUCAACGGUGACACUCGCAACUACGACUGGGACUCGGGUUACACCUGCCACCAGCUGGGCUCCGGGGCCAUCGUUAUUCAGCUGGCCCAGCCCUACGUGAUAUCCUCACUCAGGCUGCUCCUGUGGGACUGUGACGAGCGAAGUUACAGCUACUACAUCGAACUCUCCACCAAUCAGCAGCAGUGGCUCCGGGUGGUGGACCGUACCAAGGUGGCGUGCAGGUCGUGGCAGACACUGACCUUCGAGAAGCAGCCCGCCUGCUUCAUCCGCAUCGUGGGAACGCACAACACGGCUAACGAGGUCUUCCACUGCGUCCACUUCGAGUGUCCGGCCCAGCUGGACGUGGAGGUGAAGGAGGGCAGCCCCGGGCUGGGCACCCCUGAUCCCAGCUCCUCCCCCCAGCUGUCCCAGCAGCCCCGCCCCCCACGCCCAUCCCGCACCCAGAACCUGGCCCCCCUACACUCCAUGUCCCCGCAGCCUUCCCCGUCCUCCUCCUCAUCCUCCUCGCAGUCCAACCACUGAGGCCCCCCCCCCCGCUACAGAGACGGAGGAGCCGAUCGGACUGAGUGCACAGGUCUCUGGGGGACAUGCUCCAUGCUGCUAAGCUAAUUAUUUAUUACUGAAAGGAUUACGAAGGAAUGGUUCAGAAGAACUCUGACGUCGUCUGAAGAUUUGGUUCAUUUUAUAAGCUGGAAUGAGCUGACAGAGUUUUAUAAUCACGCAUAAGAUGGUCAGGGUCUUCUGGUAGGAAUUAGGCAAUUAAUUAAGAAUAAUAAUACACAUAGGCUACAAGCAUACACAUGCUGGGGUAGGAAUGGCACGACCCCCCCCCCAAUUCAUGCUCUCCUGGCUCGUCAAUAAAUGAUGUGGACUCACCCACAGCUGGGGAGGGAAGGGGGAGAUCAGGAAGAGAAUGGACCAGACCUUUUUCCCAGUUACGAGGGGGAGCUGAAGCAAUCCCAAGAUUCUUGUUUUUUAUUCUUGGUUUACCACUGUUGUUUGUGGAGCUGGCUUGGCGUUGGCAUGUUUUUGUUCUCCCAGCAUGCACUGCAGCGCUCCUUUCAUUCGCCUCUCUUUGUGGUACAGUUAUUUCUCUUAUUCCUCUUCAUUAUCCUCCCUUUUACUCCUUUGUCUGUGUUUCAUCUCUUGCUUACCCCCAGGGUAAUUAAAAACGAGUCAAAAAAAACAACAAAAAGCCCUUCACUCAGUGUUGAGACGGCAGGCUCCAUUACGGCACAGAAGCAGGCGGGUGUUUGCGGCCCUGAGCCGGGUCUCCACCCGCUGUGCAUCACUUAUGGGGCUCGCUUCUUCUUCCAGCACUCAGUGCGCUUGUUGUUUAUGCAGCUGUGAUUUAAUAUACUGGUCAUAGAGGACUGUUAUUAAUAAAUGACACGGUGUGGAGGGGUGCACGGUGAGCACCAUGGGCCAGAGCUUCUGGAGAAUAUGGUGACUAACGGGGGCUCCGCCCCAUGGCUGACACUGUGCUUAACCCCGCCCCCAACCUUCCCUUUGGCAUUUGUGACUGGCUGCCUCUGUGGUCACUCAAGCUUGGAAUCUUUAUUAAAAACAAGAGUUUGGGAAAAUCAAA